AUGGGUAGCUUCACAUUGAAAUCCGUCCUCGCGAUCGUGGCGUCGGCUGCCCUGACACUCGCGCUCCCGGCCCCAGAGUCCCCGUCCCCGACUGCUAGCGCGGCCGCCGCGACGUGCACGUCCGGAAGCUCCGUUGUCACGGCCGGAUACACCAUCAACUAUGCUGCGGCCGUCCCUACCGUCGUCUUCGAGAACGGGUAUCAGCCUGCUGAGGAUUGGGCCGCGGCGCAUAGUAAGGGAUCUUAUACGUUCGGUGUACCGCCGCCGGUCGAGACGGGCUUCGCGUACGCCCAGUUCAAGUGCCAGUACUACUGCAACAAUGUGCCGGCGGGUAGCUUCUUUGUUAAUUACUUCGAUACGGCUAAGGGGUCGCUUUGCACGUGUUUUGAUGACUUGUUGGACCCGCAGAGCUUCGUUUCGAAUAACCAGUCACUUGUUGGGGCUUGGAAUAGUAUUUGCAAGUGA